AUGUUCCAGGAGGUUAUUAUCUAUUUAGCGUGCAUCACAACAUGCCUGACACUUCCUGCUCCAUCUCCGGGAAGACUGAAUCAGAACGGUUUUCAUAGCAGAGGAUUUACUGCAGCAACUAGCUCACAGGGUGCAUCCAUCGGUAGAUAUUCCUCACUACCAACGUCACCUUUGCAUGCUGCCAGUACCAGUUUCUCUGAGAAGCCACAUCAGAGCUCUGUAACAUUCUUGCAAUCUAGUACAUUGCCCAGAGAUGUGAAUCCAUCAUUUCCUAGUGCACAGACCCGUAUUGCCACUUCCAAUGUCUUUGAGAGGCCAAAUGUGGCUAGUGCUUUUCCACCAAAAUUCUCAACUUCACCCAGCAGAACUAAUCCCUCUGGUCUAGGAGUACGGACAAAUAUUGCCACUGGGAGUCACUUUCAGAGACCGAAUGAAGCCAGUGCUCUUCCACCAAAAUUCUCAACUUCACCCAGUAGGACUAAUCCCUCUAGUGCAGGAGUACGGACGAGUAUUGCCAGUGCCAGUCUCUUUGAGAGGCCGAAUGAAGCCAAUACACUUCUACCAAAAUUUCCAACCGCAGCUACCAGAACUAAUCCCUCUGGUCUAGGAGUACGGACAAAUAUUGCCACUGGCAGUCACUUUCAGAGACCGAAUGAAGCCAGUGCUCUUCCACCAAAAUUCUCAACUUCACCCAGUAGGACUAAUCCCUCUAGUGCAGGAGUACGGACGAGUAUUGCCAGUGCCAGUCUCUUUGAGAGGCCGAAUGAAGCCAAUACACUUCUACCAAAAUUUCCAACCGCAGCUACCAGAACUAAUCCCUCUGGUCCAGCAGUAACGACAAAUAUUGUUACUGCAAGUCUCUUCGAGAGGCCAAAUGAAGCCAAUGCACUUCUACCAAAAUUUUCAUCACCCAGUGGAGCUAAUCCCUCUGGUCCAGGGAGACAGACAAGCAUUGCCAGUGCCAGUCUAUUUGAGAGGCCGAAUGAAGCCAAUGCACUUCUACCAAAAUUUUCAUCACCCAGUGGAGCUAAUCCCUCUGGUCCAGGGGGACGGACAAGCAUAGUCAGUGCCAGUCUCUUUGAGAGGCCGAAUGAAGCCAAUUCACUUCUACCGAAAUUCUCAAAUUCACCCAGCAGAACUAUUCCCUCUGGUCCAGGAGCACAGAUACGUACUUCUAGUGCCAGUCUCUUUAAGAGGCCAAACGAACCCAAUGCACUUAGGCCAAAAUUCUCAACUUCACCCAGUAGAACUAAUCCCUUGGAUGUAAGACAAAAUCCUGUUGCCCCCUCCAGCUCUAUUACGUCACAGUUUGCACCAUCAUCUAUUGGAACUUCUCAGUCAUUACCAGGUAUUCCAUUACUGUCAGCUAACAGGAACAAUUUUCAAACUCAAGGAAGUGUAAACCCAACAGAAUUUAGAUCAUCAGUGCCUUUGAUGUCACAGCCUGGCUCGACAUUCAGUGGAACGAACUCUGCAAUACCUGUGCUUCCAAGUGGUCAAAUUAACAGGAACACAUUUCAAAAUCAUGGCCGCAUUACCUCACAAAAACUCCAGUCAUCAAGUCCUGCAAGGUCAGAGACUGGGUCAACAUUGAUUACCUCAAAUCCACAACUGCCAUUGCUCCCUGUGCAAUCAGCUAAUAAAAUUACAGUUCACAAUCAGGUUCGUGCAACGCCACCUAGAUUUCAAGCAUCAAGCGCAGUGCCUUCACAGCCUAGGCCAACAUCAACCCCACAAUUUCCAAUACAUUCAUUUAACAGAAACUCAUUCCAAAACCAAGGGCGUGUUACACCUCUUACAAUCCAAGCAUCAAGAACUUCAGUGCCUACUCUUCACACAGCAAGUCAGCCACACAGCCUGCCAGAAUCUCGCACGCAAGGUGUUCCUGGGCUCUCUGGGGUCUUUAUACCUGAUGCCCUCCCAGCUUUUCCUACGGGAUCAACAGUGAUUCUAGGUUUUGCUGGAGAGAUUGAAACUUCAUCUUCAGAGUCUGAAGAAGAUUAUUAG